AUGGUGGGAUCAGGUUCUGCAGGUGGAGAUUUACGAACUCCACAGUUUAAUGGUGCAGACUAUGAUUUUUGGUCAGUAAAAAUGGAGACUAUUCUCAUAGCAUAUGAUCUAUGGGAUGCAGUGGAGAUUGGAGUACAACCACAGCCGAUUAUUGAGGAGGAAGCAGGCUCUGAAGGAGAAGAAGGUGAGACUGAGCAAAUCCCAGUGGAAGCACCUACUAUCUCCAGAGAAGAUAAGAUCAAAAAUGCCAAGGCUUUGAGUCUUAUUCAAGGAGCACAAACAGAUGAACUCUUUCCUCGCAUCAGAAAUGAGAAGAUUGCAAAAGGUGCUUGGGAAAUUAUGAGAAGAGAGUUCAGAGGAGAUAAAAAGGUAAGAGUUGUGAAAUUACAAGCUAUUAGAGCUGAUUUUGAAUAUUUGAGAAUGAAUGAUGUUGAAUCUCUGGAUGACUACUUGGCUCAAUUUUUUGAAAUUGUAAACAACUUGAAGUCUCUAGGCGAAGAUGUAACAGAGAAAAGGAUUGUCCAAAAAUUGUUGAUGAGUCUAAGUAGGAGGUACAAGUCCAUAGUGUCAAUCAUUGAAGAAACCAGAGACCUUGACACUAUUAGAGUUGAAGAAAUUCUUGCAUCUAUCAAAGUCUAUGAUAAGAGAGAGGAUUUGCAUGAUGAAAGGGAUAAGUUGGCAGGAACUGAGAAAGCUUUUAGCAAUCUCAGAGUUGGAAAUAAUCAAGCUUCUUAA